AUUUAAUCAAAGCUUUAAAGCUUCUGAAGAAAAUGCCUCUUGUUGAGCUUUUUGCAGGUGCUGCUCUUGGAUUUGCCCUCCAACUCCUUCACGAGGCCAUCAUAAGAGCCAAAGAGAGAUCCUUAAUCACAAGAUGUAUAUUGGACCGUCUCGAUGCUACAAUCUAUAAGAUCACUCCAUUUGUCAUUAAGAUCGAUACGCUCACCGAAGAAGUCGAUGAACCUUGGAGAAAAGUCAUCGAAGAGCUUAAAUGUCUUCUCGAGAAAACCAUUCUUCUUGUUGAGGCUUAUGCAGAGCUUAAACGUAGAAACUUAAUCAGGAAAUAUAGGUACAAGAGAAGAAUCAAGGAGUUGGAUGCUUCUUUGAGAUGGAUGGUAGAUGUGGAUGUUCAAGUCAAUCAAUGGCUGGAUAUCAGAAAACUUAUGGGAGCUGCUCUUGGACUUGCUCUCCAAAUCCUUCACGAGGCCAUCCAAAGAGCAAAAGAUAGAUCCUUAACCACAAGUUGUAUCUUGGACCGUCUUGAUUCUACAAUCUUGAGGAUCUCUCCAUUGAUCGCUAAGGUCGAAAAGCUCGGAAAAGAAUCCGAUGAAUCUAUGAGGAAAGUCAUCAAAGAUCUUAAACAUCUUCUCGAGAAAGCUGUUGUUCUUGUCGAAGCUUAUGCGGAGCUCAAACGCAGAAACUUGGUUGGAAAGUAUAGGUACAAGAGAAGAAUCAAAGAGUUAGAAGGUUCAUUGAAAUGGAUGGUAGAUGUUGAUGUUAAAGUGAAUCAAUGGGCAGAUAUAAAAGAUCUCACGGCCAAGAUGUCUGAAAUGAACACUAAACUUGACGAAAUCAUGCGUCAACCAAUAGAUUGUACUAUAUCUGAUGAGGAUAAUACUAAUCUGGACAUAGUCGAAAUAGUUGAUCCAUCAUUGGAAGCCAAAUCUGGAUGCUCAAAUGGCGAUUCUAAGCCGAAGAUCGAUAUCCACCUUCGAUGGAGCAAGAAAAGCAAAGAUCACGGAAUUCGAUUCGUUUUGAAUUAGUUUUUUUUUGAUGUGGUAUGUGUCAUAAACAACAAAUUUGAGAAAGAAAAUAAUCAAAUGUAAAAAAAUUAAGUUUGUAUUUACUAAUAUUGUGUUAUCAUACAUAUAACGUCUGCUUUGUAUAAAUACAAAAUAAGAUU